AGACUUGUAAAAUUGCCUCAAAAACCAAACCUAACUCUGAUUUUGCUCAUUCUCAGCUUAGUCGCAGGGAGUACCUGGUGUUUACAGUCAGAAAUGCAGGAGACAUCUCUUUCUGUCUUUCCUGAAGAAUGCAUGUUGAAGUUGCAUCUCCCCAGGGAAGAUGAACCACACUUGCAGCUCUAAAGCAAGAAACCAUAGCAUGGACCCACUCGGGGGCCACCAGGUAUGGGAGGUGGUUCUGAUUGUGCUUGUGAGUGGACCUUUGUCACUUAUCACAAUACUCGGUAACCUCUUGGUGGUUAUCUCCUUCCGGGUCAACAGUCAGCUACGGACCAUCAGUAACUACUAUCUACUGAGUCUGGCAGUGGCAGAUUUAAUUUUAGGCACUGUGUCCAUGAACCUAUAUACUGUGUACAUAAUAAUGGGCCGCUGGAUAUGGGGACAUUUAGCCUGCGAUCUGUGGCUGACAGUUGACUAUGUAGCAAGCAACGCCUCGGUGAUGAAUCUGCUGGUCAUUAGCUUUGACCGAUAUUUCUCAGUUACCCGACCGCUGACUUACCGAACCAAACGCACACCAAAGAAAGCAGCAGUGCUGAUUGUCCUUGCGUGGUUGGUAUCAUUUGUGCUAUGGGGACCCGCUAUCUUACUUUGGCCUCGUGUGGUGGGCCGACAACCGGAAGCUCAGGACUGCUCUAUACCCUUCCUGAAGGUGCCUACUAUAACAUACGGUACAGCGAUAGCUGCGUUCUAUCUACCAGUCACAAUAAUGAUCAUUUUGUAUUGGCGAAUUUAUUGGGAAAUUGAGAACCGAGCAAAAGGACUUGCUAGUUUUAUCGGGACUGUGCAAAACACUAAGGCUAUAGUUGGGUUGGACAAACAAUCCAUGUACCAGGACAGUCUCAAGAGCAGCUAUAGUUGCUCAAAGGAAAGAAAUUUCAGAAAGGGCAAAGAAAAACAUGAAAGCAUGCCAGAUGGAUGUUUUCCCUGGAAACAAAAUUCUCUAAAUUCAACGAGAAAUAAAAUGGCAGCCAUUUUGGAAAAUUCAGCACAGGAGAGUUACAAAGAAGCUUACAGCAACAAAAGCUGGAACUCUGAAGACGACGGCACCCUGUUUUCCUCUACAGAGGAUGAACAUGAACAGAACAGUAGCGCAAGAGCGACUUUAUCCGAACUGUCUGCGAUUAAGUUAAAGGAUCUGCAAUGCAAAUCAGAAGAACUGUUUGCAACAAAUGUAUCACCAAAAGGUCCCAUGGAGCAACGACUCUCUAAAACAUUCAAAAAGUCAGACCAUGAGCCCAGAGCAAAGCAUCGCCUCAAUAUGAUCAUUCGGGAAAAGAAAGCCGCCCGAACACUAAGUGCCAUCUUGCUGGCUUUCAUCCUAACGUGGACGCCAUACAACAUCAUGGUUUUGGCUUCCAUUUCACACUGUGUUCCAGAAAAACUCUGGCAGCUCGGAUACUGGCUGUGUUACGUGAACAGCACAGUUAAUCCUAUGUGCUACGCCCUUUGCAACGAGUCCUUCCGGUUCACCUUCAAGGCACUGCUGCUUUGUCGCUGUGGAGAUAAACGAAAGUGGGACACAAGCAGCUGGACUCGCACUGCUUCUGCAAAACCCAAAAAAACUUGUAAUAAUGUAUAA